AUGCGGUUGUUGAUGCGUGAUGCUUCUGUGUGGUUGAGAUGGGAGAAGGAAGAGAAGGAAGCGGGGUUGACGUACCUUCUACUACGUUCUGUGUGGCCGCCUUCCUUUUUCUACCUCCAUCUCCGCUUUGUUUAUGGACGCUCUGUGCGCUCAAUAGGAUCAUUCGUCGGUGGAGCUAAGAUCGCCCCGGUUGUGGCGAUUGUUGGCGCCAGUGCAGGGGUACCUGCCGCUGAGGUUGUUGUGGCGUCUCGAGCUGCUGUUGUGGCUGCUGAGCCCGCUGCGGUUGGGGUUGUUGUAGAUGUGGUGGCGGUGGUUGCUGUACUGGCACCCGUGUUGCCUACGGGGGCAUGGGAGGCUGCAGGGCUAUGCCUCUCUUGUGUGCAAUACGCUGCAACACUGGGUACAGUAUAUCGUUAG